AUGAAAGUCACGUUAACUGUUAACAUAUGUAUAUAUGACAAUUUAGCGAAUGGAACGCAAGGAAUUAUUCGACAGAUCGUAUAUGACGAAAACUCUAUCAAUAUUUUCCCAAACAAAAAAAAUAAUUUCAUGCUUAAUAAACCUCCUAAAUACGUCAUAGUUGAAUUACUAAACUCGACAACUGGAUCUUAUAAAGACCUACCUCCAAACCACGUUCUGAUUUAUCCUAUUAAACGCGAAUGCACAUACACUGCUUACAAAUGUGAUGGAACCACACUACAAAAAAGAUUCCAACGUCUACAACUUCCUCUAACACCAGCUUACGCAUUUACAGAUUACAAAUGUCAAGGACGUACCUUAAAUAAAGUAAUUAUUGACUUAACAAGUAACGAGUCUAUACUCAACCUGAAAUUGCCUUCCACUCUCCAAGAUGAAAUCGAUCGACUAAAUAAAUGCGCUCAAACAACAGCACAUUUAGAACAAUGGCCUGAUGACUGA